CCCAAAUGAAAUAAGCCAGCCCAAGGAAUCUUUGCCCUCCAAACCAGUUGCCUUUCUUCUCCAACCAGGCAACCACCGUACCGGUGAAGGAACCAAACGCGUCAUUAUCGGAAGUAACCAAACGUCUUCACACAGAAGGGGUAAUCAAAGUGAUCAGAAAGGAAGCAUUGGAGAUCAUCUGGUAGGCAAAUUCGAUCGGCAAGAUGAGUUUCCUCUUCGGAAACAGAAAGACUCCAGCCGAGCUGCUGAGGGAGAACAAGAGGAUGAUCGACAAGUCAAUAAGGGACAUAGAGAGAGAAAGGCAAGGCCUUCAGACUCAGGAGAAGAAGCUGAUUGCUGAGAUUAAGAAGAAUGCCAAGAAUGGGCAGAUGGGAGCUGUUAGAGUAAUGGCUAAGGAUCUUAUCAGAACAAGGCACCAGAUCGAAAAAUUUUACAAACUUAAGUCGCAACUCCAGGGCGUCUCUUUGAGAAUACAGACCCUGAAAUCGACUCAAGCAAUGGGGGAAGCUAUGAAAGGUGUGACGAAAGCAAUGGGACAGAUGAACAGGCAGAUGAAUUUGCCAUCCCUGCAGAAAAUAAUGCAAGAGUUCGAGAGGCAGAAUGAAAAGAUGGAAAUGACUUCAGAGGUGAUGGGAGAUGCUAUUGAUGAUGCUCUUGAUGGAGAUGAAGAAGAGGAAGAAACAGACGAGCUCGUGAGCCAAGUGCUCGAUGAGAUUGGGAUAGAUAUUAAUAACGAGGUACUGGUUAAUGCACCUUCAGCCGCCGUCUCUGUACCAGCUGCAAAGAACAAGGUCCCGGCCCAAGCUGAAUCAACUGGGAACCAUGAAGACACUGGUGGACUAGAUGAUGAUUUGCAGGCAAGAUUAGAUAAUCUAAGAAGGAUGUGAAUUUCAGAGGAGAAUCAAACGAAACAGCUUUUUAACUAUAUGUGUGAGACCAAUGAUGAUGUUUGUGGUGGCAAUCUUUCCAGAGUAAACUCUUUCUUCUUCCCACUUAUGAUUGUAUAUAUUUGAACCCAUGCUGAUGAACUUCAACCUCUGUAUGCCUUGACAUCUAUCAAGGUGUGAAAAAACACUUGCUCUGUACUUACAAAGUUGUAUGAUUCUUAUUUAAUAAGAGUGAUACUUUACUAGCAUAAUCUAAGAUGGAACCAUAAUAUGG